CCAUCUCCUGAGCCGAGACGGAAACCGACUCGUUCCCAUUAGGCGAGUCUGGUGGCAAAUAAGCCCUUGGCAUACCUGCUAUCUCCUGAGCGGCUCGCGCUGCGCUCUCUGCGACAAGCUGCGAAACCCCCCGGCCCCUUUCCCUGCGCCUUCCUGCAUCGUUCGGAUACUUCCUCGCCUCGAUCUCUCCGUCCCCCUCUCCCUUGUUUCUAGCUCUCAUCCUCUGCAAAGAGAUUUUAGGGUCAGGGCCCCUUGAUCGCGCCUUCGGCUCACCCGAUAAGCUGGCGCACUUCUCGCUCAUCAUUCGUCGCCGACGGAGCCCCGCCUUAACCAGUGGGACUUUGUGAUCGAGAUAAUAUCCGUUUCACAUCACAAGUAGCGUGUGGAAGAACUAUUAUGGAGGAAGUGAAAAAGGUUAUCGAUAUAAACUCAACAACCACUAUCUUGGAACCUGAAACAAGCAUCAGGGGAGGUUUGUACUUGCCACAGCAGGAAAGAGUAAUGUAUAGACCCCCAGAGAGAAAAUUAAAUUUGGGUUUGGAUGUUCUUGCUAGUAUAAAAAGAGAGAAGGGGGAUUUGGGAUUUAAAGCACCUGCUCCAAAAAAAGUUGUGACCUUUGACUCUUUUGACGAAGAUGAGAAAUGCGACCCUUCUGGGAUUGAAGAAUCAAGAGAUGAUUCACCCCGUGGUCUUCGGGGACACACAUCUAGGCAGUACCGUGCAUCUUUUGUUGAAGAAAAUUCACUUCAAGAAUCUACCAUGACAUCUGAUGGUGCAGGCAGCCAAACCUCUCACUCACAACGCACAAAUGAAACCCCACGUCUUGAGGUUUCUUCGUCUAGAAGCUCUAGGAGCAUUCAUUCUCGCAGUUCAGAUAAUUACGAGAGGAGUGAGAAACAAAGGUAUCGCAGUGUUGAAUAUGGCAGAAGAGAUGAACACGGGAGAUCCAGAUAUACUACAGAUUAUAGCAGGAAGAGGAGUCGGCACGAACAGACUUCAAACACUCCUUCGAGGUCAGGCUGGGAUGACGGGAGGUGGGAAUGGGAAGAUACUCCACGUCGAGGUUCUAGGGACAACUAUUCUGUGCCUCACAGAAAUCGACCUUCACCCUCUCCAAUGUUGGCAGGUGCCUCACCUGAUGCACGGCUUGUGUCCCCGUGGCUGGGUGGUAAUACACCUCGUUCUGCAGUUUCUCCAUGGGAUAGUGUAGCUCCCUCUCCGACACCAAUACGUGCCACAGGCUCCUCAAAAAGAUCUGAUUCGUCUCAGAGUGGAAAACAUCGGCUACGUUUUACUGUUGCAGCUGAUUCAGAGGAAAAUGAAGCAGCUGAAAGCACCUUAACCACAUUUAAGCCUUAUGAGAUCACAGAGGAAAUGCGCCAAGAGAUGGAUUACAAUGCUGACCGAGCAUGGUACGACAGAGAUGAACAUAACACAAUGUUUGAUGGUGAUAGCUCGUCAUUGUUUGGUGGGGAUGAUGCUUCUUAUAAAAAGAAAGAAGCAUCACUGGCAAAGAAACUGACUCGUAAGGAUGGAACAUUGAUGACCCUUGCCCAAAGUAAGAAGUUAUCACAAUUGACUGCUGAUAAUGCUCAGUGGGAAGACCGACAGCUAUUGAGAUCGGGGGCUGUUAGAGGAACAGAGGUGCAGAUUGACUUUGAGGAUGAGGAUGAGCGCAAAGUCAUCCUUUUAGUUCAUGAUACAAAGCCCCCUUUCCUGGAUGGUAGGGUGGUAUUCACAAAACAGGCUGAACCUGUAAUGCCUAUUAAAGAUCCCACAUCAGAUAUGGCUAUAAUUGCUCGUAAAGGUUCUGCUCUGGUUAGGGAAAUCCAUGAAAAGCAGAGUAUGAAUAAGUCACGCCAACGGUUUUGGGAGCUGGCAGGAUCAAAACUUGGUGACAUUCUAGGGGUCCAGAAGACAGCUGAGCAGAUUGAUGCAGAUACCGCAGUGGUAGGAGAAGAAGGCGAAGUGGAUUUUAAAGAGGAAGCCAAGUUUGCAAGGCAUAUGAAAGAGAAAGGUGAAGCAGUAAGUGAGUUCGCCAAGUCGAAGUCCAUUUCACAACAAAGGCAGUAUCUUCCAAUAUAUUCUGUUCGUGAGGAACUGCUGAAGGUUGUUCGUGAAAAUCAGGUAAUAGUUAUAGUUGGGGAGACUGGUUCUGGGAAGACAACUCAAUUGACACAGUAUCUUCAUGAAGAUGGAUAUACAAAUAGUAGUAUUAUUGGUUGUACACAACCAAGACGUGUGGCAGCCAUGAGUGUUGCAAAACGAGUCAGUGAGGAGAUGGAAACAGAGUUGGGUGAUAAAGUUGGUUACGCCAUAAGAUUUGAAGAUGUCACUGGUCCAAAUACUAUAAUAAAGUACAUGACGGAUGGGGUACUUCUGCGUGAAACAUUGAAGGACUCUGAUCUUGACAAAUACCGAGUAAUUAUCAUGGAUGAAGCACACGAGAGAUCACUGAGUACCGAUGUUUUAUUUGGUAUACUGAAGAAGGUAGUUGCUAGGCGACGCGACUUCAAGCUUAUUGUAACGUCUGCGACGCUGAAUGCUAAAAAAUUUUCCGACUUCUUUGGAGGUGUUCCGACUUUUCAAAUCCCUGGAAGGACAUUCCAUGUAAAUAUCCUGUACAGCAAAACACCGUGUGAAGACUAUGUUGAAGCUGCUGUUAAGCAGGCGAUGACUAUUCACAUUACAAGCGCUCCUGGUGACAUUCUCAUCUUUAUGACAGGGCAGGAUGAGAUUGAAGCUGCCUGCUAUGCUCUUGCUGAGCGUAUGGAACAGCUCAUCGCAUCCACAAGCAAAGCAGUCCCAAAGCUCUUGAUAUUGCCUAUCUAUUCUCAGCUGCCAGCUGAUUUGCAAGCAAAGAUCUUCCAGAAAGCUGAAGAUGGUGCUCGGAAAUGCAUUGUUGCAACCAACAUUGCAGAGACAUCCCUUACAGUAGAUGGUAUCUUUUAUGUGAUAGACACAGGAUAUGGUAAAAUGAAGGUUUACAAUCCUAGAAUGGGCAUGGAUGCUCUACAAGUGUUUCCAGUUAGCCGAGCAGCAGCUGACCAACGGGCUGGGCGUGCUGGCAGAACUGGUCCUGGCACUUGCUAUCGGUUAUUUACAGAGUCUGCGUAUCAAAAUGAGCUGCUUCCUAACCCUGUUCCAGAGAUCCAGAGAACAAAUCUGGGCAAUGUGGUUUUGCUGCUUAAAUCCUUAAAGAUUGAAAAUCUUUUGGAUUUUGACUUCAUGGAUCCGCCCCCGCAGGAAAAUAUUCUCAAUUCAAUGUACCAGCUGUGGGUGUUGGGCGCCUUGAACAAUGUUGGAAGCCUCACUGAGAUUGGGUGGAAGAUGGUGGAAUUUCCCUUGGAUCCACCGCUUGCGAAAAUGUUGUUGAUGGGGGAGCAGCUAGAGUGCAUAAAUGAGGUUUUAACAAUCGUGUCUAUGCUUUCAGUGCCUUCAGUUUUCUUCCGACCAAAGGAUCGGGCAGAGGAGAGCGAUGCGGCAAGGGAAAAAUUCUUUGUUCCAGAAUCUGAUCACUUGACACUUCUCAAUGUAUACCAACAAUGGAAAGCAAACCAAUACCGUGGGGACUGGUGCAAUGACCACUUCUUGCAUGUGAAGGGCCUUAGGAAGGCAAGGGAAGUCAGAUCCCAGCUGUUAGACAUACUCAAGUCCUUGAAGAUUCCCCUGACUUCAUGUGGGAUGGAGUGGGAUGUGGUCAGGAAAGCAAUCUGUUCUGCUUAUUUCCACAAUGCUGCCAGAUUGAAAGGUGUGGGUGAAUAUGUGAAUUGCCGGAAUGGAAUGCCCUGCCACCUGCAUCCCAGCAGUGCACUGUAUGGGCUUGGAUACACUCCAGAUUACGUGGUUUACCAUGAACUUGUACUGACCACAAAGGAGUACAUGCAAUGUGUGACUGCAGUCGAGCCACAUUGGCUGGCUGAGCUGGGACCAAUGUUUUUCUCUGUUAAAGAUUCCGAUACAUCUAUGCUUGAACACAAGAAGAAGCAGAAGGAAGAGAAGACUGCAAUGGAGGAGGAGAUGGAGAAUCUGAGAAAAGAGCAAGCCGAAGCAGAUAAGUUGAACAAAGAGAGGGAACGGGAGAAAAAGGCAAAACAGCAGCAGCAAGUCAUCAUGGUAGGUGUGCGGAAGGGCCCAAGGACGUAUCUCAGACCCAAUAAAUAAGGUUUGUGAAUCGAGCUAAAAUUUCCAGAGCUAGCGACUUGUGUUUUCUUUGAAACGUAUCUGUUGUACCAUAAGAAUUACUAAUCAGAAUGAAUAUCCACAUUCAUA